CAUUUUUAUAGCAUAACGCUCCCGAAAAUAUGUGAGUGCUACUUUUUAUGGUGAAAUUCUGAAAACUAAUGAUAUUCAGCAAAUUUGUUUCGGGCAUGUACGACUGGACCCAUCUAACUGCACGUGCAAAAUAUUCCACAGUCCAGCCUCGGUCCCGAUCUGUGCCUAGUGUUGCAGGUUCAACCGGUCCGACCUUUUCAACUGCUUACGCGAACGCGACCACAGAUGGCGCUCAUAGUAAAAAAUAAGGGAAAUUCCCUCAAUUUCUACAUGACCACAAAUAACACAGGACUCUGAGAGAGAAACACGCAUGCUUGUAUGACAUUGCAGACACAGCACAGUCAUGGCACAGUACAAGGUCUACGACCCAGAAGAGAUGAUUGAGUGCCCUUAUGACAAGGUGCACAUGAUUGCUGCUAAACGGAUGCAGUAUCACAUGAUGAAGUGUCGUAGGAACCAUCCGGGGGCAGAUUUCGCUGUAUGCCCAUACAACGCCCGUCAUGAAGUUCGUAGGCCUGAGCUGAGGUAUCACAUGGUCAACUGUCCAGAUAAAGCACGACUAGAACCGUCCAUUCUUCAUGAACAAAAUAAAGAAAACCGAGAUGGUCAGUACUUCAAAGGUAACACUGAUCUCCCACGCUAUGCAGACAGCAGCAACUUUGAAUCUGUUGAAAACUGGGAUGAAGAGAUUCCAAGUGUGGCCAGAGUAGGCGUGGAUCCAAACUAUUUCAUAAGACUCAACGCACGGAACACUGCUGGAAUGUCAAGAAAGGAGAAGAAGGUAUAUAUGUCGCAGGUUAACAAACCAUCAGAGGAAAGAUGGGUGCCUGAACCAGAGGAGGAGGAAGAGGAGGAGCAAACAUUACGUCGUCCUCAUGCCAAACCAGAGACCUAUAUGUCUUAUAACAGUAAUGCAGCUACACAUGUUGGUCAUAUACCACCGUCCACCUCUGUGUUAGCACUGUCACUGUCACGGAGUGGAGUUGGCCGGGGUCAAAUUGGUGGCCGGGGUGUUGCUCAGGUCAAUCCCCAAGGACCCCAACCAAUAGGACGUGGUCAGCAAGGCCGUGGAAGAUCAGUCGGACGGGGUCUAGUGUCAAGGCCGCCUCCUGGAUAUGCAGCAACUAACACCAAUACCAACUCCAUACAAACUCAGGCCAUACCGCCUGGUCAACCAUUAGGUCAAUCAUCAGGUCAAAUGUCAAGCUUACUGAACAAUGUGAUGCCUUCUGUAGGUCAGUCAUCGGGCUUAUCGAACAAUGUGAUGCCUUCUGUAGGUCAGUCAUCGGGCUUACCCAACAAUGUGAUGCCUUCUGUAGGUCAGUCAUCGGGCUUGCCCAACAACACGAUGCCUUCUGUAGGUCAGUCAUCGGGCUUACCAUACAAUGUGAUGCCUUCUGUAGGUCAGUCAUCAGGCUUGCCCAGCAACACGAUGCCUUCUGUAGGUCAGUCAUCGGGCUUACCCAACAAUGUGAUGCCUUCUGUAGGUCAGUCAUCGGGCUUACCCAAUAACAUGAUGCCUUCUGUAGGUCGGUCCUCGGGCUUACCCAACAGCAUGAUGCCUUCUGUGUUCAGUAUGGGACUAGGACGCGGGUCAGGAAGAGGGUCCAUUCUGAGAAAGAACGGUGCUGCACCAAGCUUUGUUAUUCCUAAUGUCAUGGGCUCGCCUGGAAAUGCUUCUGUAGCCAAUAGCUCCAGUUCAGAUGCUGACGAUGGCAAUGUCUCCACAAGUAGUACUUUGUCUGAUAACGAGAAAAAGAAGGAAAAGAGGAGACUGGAGAAAAAACUCCGUCAGAUUGAACUCUUGGAUGCAAAAGUUGCUGAAGGUUACAAGCUGACCUCAGAAGAGGAGAUAAAAUGUAGGAAGAAAGAUGAAAUUUUGGGAGCUCUUCAGGAUUUGAAGAUUUAAUUCUAUACCUACAAGAAAACUACAUGGAUUUAAAGCCUCGAGUCUUUAAAGAAGAGGAAAUCAAGUAGAGUAGUGUGAGAUAGAAAGAUUGAGAGUAGUGUGAGAUAGAAAGAUUGAGAGUAGUGUGAGAUAGAAAGAUUGAGAGCAGUGUGAGAUAGAAAGAUUGAGAGUAGUGUGAGAAAGGAAAAUUGAGAGUAGUGUGAGAUAGAAAGAUUGAGAGUAGUGUGAGAUAGAAAGAUUGAGAGUAGUGUGAGAUAGAAAGAUUGAGAGCAGUGUGAGAUUAGAAAAUGAGAGUAGUGUGAGAUAGAAAGAUUGAGAGUAGUGUGAGAUAGAAAGAUUGAGAGUAGUGUGAGAUAGAAAGAUUGAGAGUAGUGUGAGAUUAGAAAAUGAGAGUAGUGUGAGAAAGGAAAAUUGAGAGUAGUGUGAGAUGAAAAAAUCUGGAGUUGUGUGUGAUUAUAAUGUGGAAGAUAGUUCAGAUUAUAACAUUUUGAUUGACAUGAUAUGAUAUACUAAACCCUUGCAGAGUUUUGACUGAAACCCUUGCAGAGUUUGGACCAAAACCUUUCAGAGUUUUUGCUAAUGUAAGGACAGCUACUGGUCCAAUGAACCUUUUGUGUAAUAUGGUAAAACAUUUACAUAUAUAAGUUCUGCUUCUUAUACUUUUACAAAGUUAUUUCAGAUGGAUACAAGUUAUCCAUAGAGAAGUUCAAUUUUUGAAAAAAUAAAUUGUUUUCUCUCUUAAUAAUAGAAGUAUUUUUGAAAGAUUACUAUUAAACUUAUUGUUAAGAAGUUGGUAGUUCACUUUGUGUAUAGGUGUAAGUUUGAUAUUCAUAAAGCUGUUGGAUAUUUCUUAUUGAAAAUAUAUUUUACAAGUUUCUCCCACUGGGAAGGGAUCCUUUAUAGAAGAAAAGUUUUGUACAUGUCUAUAUUUUUACUGCACACAGUAAACUUGCAUUAGUAUUUAGAAGCCAACUUUGAUGCCAUUUUUGAUAAAUUUUGUAGAAGAUUGAGGCCAGAACUCACAACAGCUUGCAUGCUGUUUGAUGUAGUGCUGUCAAGUUGAUCUUGACACCACGUCACAGGCUUGUUAACUGGUGGUAAGUCCCCAAGUCUUGUUUGGUGAUAUUUGGUCACAUCACAUUUUGGUUGAUGAUAUUUUGUCACCCCAAGUUUUGAUAGGUGAUAUUUUGUCACCCAUGUCUUGGUUGGUGAUAUUUUGUCACCCAUGUCUUGGUCGGUGAUAUUUUGUCACCCAUGUCUUGGUCAGUGAUAUUUUGUCACCCAUGUCUUGGUCGGUGAUAUUUUGUCACCCAUGUCUUGGUUGGUGAUAUUUUGUCACCCAUGUCUUGGUUGGUGAUAUUUUGUCACCCAUGUCUUGGUUGGUGAUAUUUGUCACCCCAUGUCUUGGUUGGUGAUAUUUUGUCACCCCAAGUCUUGGUUGGUGAUUUUUGGUGUGUAGCUUGUUGUUAGAUUAAGCCUCAAAGUCUUGGUUGAUGAUAUUUGAAGUGUCACCUGUUGACUCUUGGUAAGCCCCAAAGUCAUGGCUGGUGAUAUUUGGUGUGCAGGCUUGUUAAUUUUGGUAAGUCUCCAAGUCAUGGCUGGUGAUAUUUGGUGUUCAGGCUUGUUAAUUUUGGUAAGUCUCCAAGUCUUGGUGCUAUUUGACCUUUGGCGUUCUGGAUGGUGAUACAUACUGUUAUUCUGGAGUGAUACAUGUAUGAUAAUGCUGGAAAUAGGAAUUAGAUUUAUACCUGAUAUAGUAUAUAUCAGGACUUAUAGUAUAUUAUGUUACAUAUUUUAUCCUGUGACGAUCACAUACAUUUAGAAAGUAGUUUGUUUCUUACGUUUUUAAGUUCAACAAUAUGUUUUAAUUCUACACCAUUGUAGAUCAGACAGAUAAUGUAUAAUGUACACCUUGU